AUGAGUAUUCAGGAUUUUUUCGCAACUGGAGAGGGUCUCGACGUUGAAGUUACAUAUGAACAACUUUACCAGCAAGUCAAAGACAUGCAAAAGCAAAUUCGGAAAACAAGUCAGCUAAAAGAUGAGUUUUUGGCAGUUCCAACAAUUGGAAAAUAUAAAAGUCUCGAAAAAACAUGGAAUGUGCAACAGCAGAAACUGCAACAAUUUUCGGAAGAUUUGUCGCGAUUAAAUGGGCAAGAAAGUGAUUUAUUAGUACCUAUUUCGGAAGACCUCAACGAAAUUAGACAACAACUUGCCAGAGUUAAAGAAACAAUUGAAUCUGAACGAAAGAGAGUCGAACAAAUGGUUGUAGAUGAAGAAGAAAUGCUCAGAAAAGAAGAAGAGGAUAGAAAGAAGACACAAGCACAACUUGAAGCCGAAUAUCAAGCCAGGGAAGCAGAAGCCCUUGACCAAGGUGCUAAAGAGAUUGUUAGCGCUAUGAAAGACACACUUGACAUUACAAACCAAUUGAACGAAAAUCUUGACAAGCAGCAUGAAACAAUACAAAGAGUUGAGAAGACUGUUGAAGAAGCUCAUGAAGAAAUGGUCGCAGGAAACGCAGAUCUCGAAGAAGCUCAUGAACAUCAGAAAAAGAACUCCAAAUGCUUGUAUUACAUAAUUGGUGGUAUCGUAUUUGCUGUUGUACUGGUUGUCAUUGUUGUUGUCCUUCUCAAAGUUUAA